AGCCCUUUGAUCGCUUCACAUCACGAUCAAUAAGUGCCUCUAGUCUUCAUGUUUGAGUGGAGAACCAGGUGAAAACUCGAGUGGAUUAACAUGAAAACUUUAACUUUAGCUCUUCUGCUGUGUUGUGUUUUUAUAGUCCGCGAGUCCCGCGGCGUGUUUCUGGCUAAACAUGACGCCAGCUCGCUCCUGCAGCGCAUCAGGCGCGCGAACUCCGGCUUCUUUGAGGAGAUGAAGGGCGGGAAUCUUGAGCGCGAGUGCAUUGAAGAAGUCUGUAACUAUGAGGAAGCGCGCGAGGUGUUCGAGGACGAAACGAGGACGAAGCAGUUUUGGUUGAGUUAUUCUGCAAAGGAGCCAUGCUUGACCAAUCCAUGCAAGAACAACGGCACAUGCAUCUAUCUGGACAACUCGUAUUACUGUCUGUGUAUGGAGGGCUUUGAGGGCAAAUACUGUGAGAAGGGGUUUGAGGAGACACUAAAGUGUCAGUAUGUUAAUGGAGGUUGUGAGCAGUUCUGUGACGGUUCCGGUCCGAGGCGUACGUGCAGCUGUGCCGUAGGUUACGCUCUGGCAGCCGACGGGACGUCUUGUGUUGCUCAAGUGGAACAACCGUGUGGAAAGGUCCCACUUCAGAACAACACCAUUUAUUCUCAUAAACAAUUUGCAGGUGGAUUUCACUGUCCACGCGGCCACUGUCCUUGGCAGGUGUUGAUUAAUUAUAAUGGUGAGAAUCUGUGUGGUGGUGCUCUACUGGAGGACCGUUGGGUCAUAACAGCCGCUCAUUGUGUUGAUAAGAGAGAUAUGAAGCGUAUGAAAGUUAUUACAGGUGAUCACGACCUGGAUGUGUCGGACGGCUCAGAAGAGGUGCAUAAUGUCACGCUAAAAGUUAUCCAUGAGAACUUCGACCCCAUCUCACUGGACAACGAUUUGGCCCUCCUGCAACUUAGUAAAAAACCCAAACUCUCUGCGUACGUUGUGCCCGUUUGUCUGCCGACGCCACAGCUGGCACAGAGCGAACUCACCGCUGUCCGUUUUCACACAGUCAGCGGAUGGGGUAAACGCACUUUAGGAGGCAACACCCAUCCGUCAAAAGGUCUCAAAGCCCCAUCCAGUCCUAUCCUGCAGAGGCUGGCCGUCCCUGUGUUGUCUCCAAGCGAGUGUGCGCUAAAGAGUGGCCUGAACAUCACUGCAAACAUCUUCUGUGCUGGUUAUACUGAAGGCAGUCAUGAAUCCUGCAGAGGAAACGAUGGCAGUCCACUCGUCACACAGUACCACGGCACGGCUUUCCUGACAGGGAUUGUGACGUGGGGUAAAGGCUGUAAUCGGUUGGGGUAUUACAGCAUUUACACUAAAGUGUCAAACUUCUUGAAAUGGAUUGAUGUGUCUAUGAAAACCCCCAUGGAUCGGUUGAGUCAUAUCGUGCGUCGUCCAGCUGCGUCUGGAGCGCCUGUUGAACAGUCCAUUCAGAAAUUCUUUCUCCAGAGUCGUGAUGCCAGUCAGGUUCUGAGCCGUCAGCGGCGUGCCAACACUAUAUUUGAGGAGCUGAAGAAAGGAAAUAUGGAGCGUGAGUGCAUUGAGGAGCGAUGUAGUUUCGAGGAGGCCAGAGAGAUCUUUGAGGACGUUGGAAAGACGAAUGAGUUUUGGCAUGUAUAUUUUGAUGGAGAUGCAUGCUUGUCUCAGCCGUGUCUCAACGGUGGCGUGUGUAAAGAUGUGAUCGGACCGUACACCUGUUACUGUCCCGCUGGGUUUAAAGGACAAAGCUGUGAGAUCGUCAUUCCGGAGCUAUGUGAGUCUGAAAAUGGAGGCUGUGAACAUUUCUGUUCAGUGAAACAGAAAAAUGUCGUCUGUUCUUGCGCCGACGGCUACAAGCUGGGAUCUAACGGGAAGUCGUGUCAGUCCGACGAUCCAUUCAAAUGCGGUUUUGUGUAUCCUUCGAAGACCAGAAGCAUCGACAUAUACACACCAAACAACACUGACACUGAAGAUCCUGAGGAGCCAAACGUUGAGACUGAAAACUUAAUGACCUCAUCUGUCAAUUACACUAACAUCUUUGGAUUAAUCGAUGAAGAGAUCGUGAAUCCAGUUGAGGAAGAGCCGAUCUUACCAGAAGUGUCAGGGAAAGAAAGAAUCGUGAGCGGAACGGAUUGUCCUCCAGGAGAAUGUCCGUGGCAGGCUCUUCUCAUUAAUGAAAAUAACAUUGGCUUCUGUGGAGGAACUAUCUUAAAUGAGUACUUCAUCCUAUCGGCUGCUCACUGUAUGAAUCAGUCUCUCUCUACUAGAGUGGUUGUAGGUGAAUUUGACACGCUGGUCAACGAGGGUCGUGAAGCCAUUCACAACAUAGACAAAAUUCUGAUUCACAUGAACUACGUUCCCGAAACAUACCACAACGACAUCGCCCUCAUCAAACUCAACGAGUCCAUCAAAUUUACCAAAUACAUCAUCCCGGCCUGCUUACCGCAGUACGACUUCGCCGAGCGCGUGCUGAUGCGUCAGGAUGACGGGAUGGUCAGCGGGUUCGGACGUCUGCGCGAGGGUGGCCUUCCGUCCACCUUUCUGCAGAGGUUGACCGUGCCGUAUGUUGACCGAGCGGUGUGCAUCGAGUCAAGCAGUUUUAAAAUCUCCCCGCGCAUGUUCUGCGCAGGAUACGACCAGGAGGCCAAAGACGCCUGUCAGGGCGACAGUGGCGGGCCGCACGUGACGCGUUAUAAAAACACGUGGUUCGUCACAGGUGUGGUGAGCUGGGGCGAGGGCUGCGCAAGGAAGGGCAAAUACGGCGUCUACACGCAGGUGUCCAAGUACAUCAAAUGGAUCCAAAAUGCCAUCAGUAAAUUCAUGCCAAAGUCAGAAUCUUCUGUAAAGCCGAAAGCCAAGAGAGAUCUGUUGAGAAAAAUACCUGUCUGGAGAGUCUGAUGUUAAAGUCAAUGUGUAACUGAUUUGUUUUUGUAAUCUUUCACCAAAUGUAAAACAUUUCCUAUCAUAAAGAGACGUAAGCUCAGAUCAUUGAAUAUUCUGUUGUGGGAUGUGAAUGUCUCGUCUCAUAUAUUGAUUAAUACAACACAGAAUGUCUUUCAGUAAUUGUUCUUCAAUAUUGUGAUGUUAAAUGCACUUCAAGUCAAAUGUAUGUCCUAAUGAGAAAUAAACUUGAAUGGCUUUUCA